CAAUCGCGGACGCGCUUGAUAGCCGUCACGUAACAAGGACUGCGUGCGACGAGAUCAGUGAAUGCGUGAUCAUGCGAUAAAAACUACGAAAAAGAUCGUUUUAAGUCACAAAGGAUAACCUACCAAGAAGUCUGGGAUCAAUAACACUGAGGAUUCAGGACCUUUCAAUUGAAUGUGGUGUAUGUGUGAGACUUGAUGGGCGAUGUCUAGACGCGGACGCUACAGGCUCACCAAGACGGGGCCAUCCACCUCUGAGUGUGAGACUCCUCAGGGGCCUGGCAUUCAUGUCUAUCUCUUCUGGACCAAAGGCGGCGAGCGUUAUCUGACCCACAAGGACAAGGUGGUCACUGCUGAGGAGCUGUCAAUCAGGGCAGCUCAGGAUGCUGGGAUUACUCCGAUGUGCCACAAUCUUUUUGCUCUAUACGACCCUCAGUCUCACUGCUGGUACAGUCCGAACCACAGCUUUGACCCACAAAAUGUAUCUGUAGAAGUUCACUUCCGCAUGAGGUUUUACUUCCGUAACUGGCAUGGGUUGAGUGACAAGGAACCUGCCGUGUUCCGCUAUGCCCAACGGACAGCAGGGUCAGAGAAGUUGGGCUCCCCUCUGUUGGAGAUGCCCUCUCUGGAUUACCUGUUUGCCCAGGCAAAGUUUGACUUUGUGAAUGACAUUGCGCCCAUGGAAGACGUACGAGGCAAUGCAGAACUGGUUCGGUAUAAAGAUGAGAGCUUGGGGAUGGCUGUGCUUCACAUGUCUCACAAGGCCCUGCAGUCGGACUCCAACCUGCAAGAUGUGGCCAGACACAUCAGCUACCUGCGCUGCAUCCCGCGGUCCUUCUCCCGGCACAUCUCGCGCGACAACUUCCUCACCAAGCUGCGAAUCCGCCGCGUCUUCGCAGAGUUCGUGCGGAGCUUCCAGCAGCACACCGUGGCCCAGGGCAAGCUGGGCCCCCAGGAAGUCAUGUACAAGUACCUGGCCACCCUGGAGAACCUGGCGCCCCGCUUCGGCACGGAGACAUUCAUCGCGGUCCGCCUGGCACUGAAGAAGGACGGCGACAGCAGCGGCUCUUACCUGAGCGACUCCCGGGUGCAGGGGGACGUGGAGGAUGGCGCUGAGCAGGAGGCCACACACGAGGUUAUGAUCUCUGGCACCACAGGCAUCCAGUGGAGGGAGAUCUCGGCUCUAAAGGCUCCGGACAACGACUACCUGGGGAACAUGAACAGUAAAAAGAAAAACAGGCAACAGUCCUUCUCCCAGGAACCGAGCACCCCAGACAAAUGGAACAACUUUUGUGACUUCCCUGAAAUCUCCCACAUCGCCAUAGUCGGAGCCAAUGUCUGCAUCUGUCAUCAGGACAAUCACGCAAUGGAUCUGCAGCUGAGGUCCAGUCAGGAGGCUCGCUCCCUCGUCUCCCUGCUGGACGGCUACUUCCGCCUCAUCGCCGAUGCCCACCACUACUUGUGCCAUGAGGUGGCUCCGCCCAGAGUGGUCCUCAGCGCAACCAACGGAAUCCACGGCCCCCUCAGGGAAGAGUUUGUCCAACAGAAACUGAAAAAAGAGGCAGGCUCAGAGGGGGUAUAUAUCCUGCGUUGGAGUGUCCUGGAUUACCAUUGCAUCAUUUUAGCUGUGCUGAGCAAGAAUGAGAAGGGUGAAACAUACAAACAGUUCAGGAUCCUUCAGAAGGAGGACAAGUUUGUGCUCGAGGGCUGGAACAAGGAGUUUUGUAGUGUGAAAGAGCUCACCGAUGGCCUCAAGACCUUCGUGCUCCGGUCUGGUGACGACUCGUUCACUGUGAAGAGAUGCUGCCCUCCCCGCUCUGCAGAGCUUUCAAACCUGCUGGUGAUUAGACCGGGCGCCAGCAGCAGCAGCAAGCCGCUCUCAGAAACCCUCAACCUGAGCCAGCUCAGAUUUCACCAGAUUAAAGACAAGGAAAUCACACGCGAUCAGCAUCUGGGAAGGGGCACCAGGACAAACAUCUACUCUGGCCGCCUGCAAGUGCAUGGUGGGGCUGAGGACGAAGAGGACGAAUCGAAUAACAACCACAUCAGUGCCAAAGGCAUCCGAGUAGUUCUCAAGAUCCUGGACCAGAGCCAUAAGGACAUAGCCCUGGCAUUCUUUGAGACGGCCAGCCUUAUGAGCCAGGUGUCCCACGGUCACCUGGUGUUUGUCCAUGGAGUAUCAGUAAAGGGAUCUGAGAACGUCAUGGUUGAGGAGUUUGUGGAAUUUGGUCCCUUGGAUAAUUUCCUCCGGAAAGAGAGAGGGCGACUCACUCCGCAGUGGAAAUUUACAGUGGCUAAACAGUUAGCCAGUGCUCUCAGUUACCUGGAGACAAAGCGCUUAGUCCAUGGAAACGUCUGCGCCAAGAAUAUUCUGGUGGUGAGACGAGGACUAGAGGAGGGUACUUCUCCUUUCAUUAAGCUGAGUGACCCGGGCAUCUCGCUCACGGCCCUGACACGUCAAGAGCGUGUCGAACGAAUCCCCUGGAUCGCCCCGGAGUGUGUGCCGCCCGGAGCUCCCCUGGGCCACGCCGCUGACCAGUGGAGCUUUGGCACCACGCUGCUGGAGAUCUGCAACAACGGAGACCUGCCUAUGAGUACCAGCUCACCCCACGAGGCACGCCAUUGCAACCCCCCCACCCAGGCUCACAGUCUCACACACACACACACACACACACACUCAAACCAGUGCUCACACCAGGCCUCUUUCUGUCUGCUUUCCUCUUUCUCUCUUUUCUUUUCUAUUUCUCCUGAGCAGAAAGAGCGUUUCUAUGAAACGCAGAGCCGCCUGGCUGAGCCCUCGUCUCAGGAGUUGGCCAGCUUCAUCAGCAAGUGCCUGACCUACAAUCCGGCUGAGAGACCUUCCUUCCGCGCCAUUCUAAGGGAGCUGACAGAACUGCAGCUCAAGAAUCCUGACAUUUCCUCAAAGUGUGACUCAAAUCCAGACACUGACCCAAGUGUCUUCCUCAAGCGUUACCUUAAGAAGAUCAGGGACCUGGGAGAGGGCCACUUUGGAAAGGUCAUGCUGUAUAUUUACGACCCGUCCAACGAUGGUACUGGGGAGUACGUGGCGGUGAAGGCCUUGAAACACGAUGGAGGUGGACAUCUCCAUGAUGGCUGGAUGAAAGAAAUUAAAAUUCUCAAAAACCUCUACCACGACAACAUCGUCAAGUACAAGGGCUGCUGCUCGGAACUAGGAGGGCAGGUCGUGCAGCUGAUCAUGGAGUUCCUCCCACUGGGCAGCCUGAGGGAGUAUCUUCCCAAGCACCGCCUGGGGAUGGCACAGAGUCUACUCUUUGCUCAGCAAAUAUGCCAGGGAAUGGAUUACCUCCACUCAAUGCGCUAUAUCCACAGGGAUUUGGCUGCCAGGAAUGUGCUUGUGGAGAAUGAGGGCGUUGUGAAGAUUGGCGACUUUGGAUUGACAAAAUACAUUCCAGAAGGGGAUGUCUACUAUCGCGUCCGUGAGGAUGGCGACAGCCCGGUGUUUUGGUAUGCUAUUGAGUGUCUGAAAGAGAGCAAGUUCUCUUUCUCUUCUGAUGUGUGGUCCUUUGGAGUGACACUGUAUGAGAUUUUUACCCACUGUGACCCUCGACAAAGCCCUCCUUCGAAAUUUUUUGAGAUGAUGGGAAGCGUUCAAGGCCAGAUGACCGUGAUGAAGCUGAUCUCUCUGCUGGAGAGACAUAGACGACUGCUCUGCCCAAAAGACUGCACUCAAGAAGUGUACACAUUGAUGAGACGGUGUUGGGAAGUUGACGCAUCAGAGCGGCCGUCAUUUAAAGACCUCAUCGGAUCCAUAGAAAACAUCAGGCAGGGAUACGAACACCAGCCCACUGUGCGACUGGCCCAGAUCAACCCCUGCUGAAGACCUCUUUCCAAAAGCGUCUGCCUGUUACAACCACUCUCUGGAGCACAAAGCCAUCCCUGGUAUUCGCCUCACAGGGCCCUCGCCCUGCACUGAGGAGCUGCUAAUGCACUAUGCCUAACUGUCAUUGUUUGGUCUCACGAGCCCACUUUCAUGAACUUUCCUCUGGCACUUUAGACCCCACUGCACUGCAUACCGUCGGUCCCAGUUCAUUUUAUAUCUGCAGUUUAUGUCUGCAGCUUUGUGUGCUGUUCCACGAAGUAGAUCGCUAUGAUUCUGAAUGUGUAUAGUAAAAUGCCUUGUGCCACUUAUCACUGCAAUCACUGUGUUACCUUAUGAAUGGCCCUCUGUCACCUGCCAUGCAUUUUCUUUAACCAAUAAAUAAUUCCAACAUAUACAUGACGGCACUUACUUUCAUAUGCAUGGGCAAAAAAUGUGCUGCUGUUUUUUUUGUACAGUUGUUCAAAAGCCAAUGUGUUUUUUGUGUGUUUUUUUUUUUUUUUUUUCCUGGGGGGGGGGGUACGUCUGGCAGUUAAUGAUGGGAUAACUUUAAAUGUGUUGGCCUUUUUGUUGUGUAUUUGUAACUAUGGGCAUAUGUUGUGAUCACUCACCUUUGGUUUCUUAAAAAUGUAUGCAUGUGUUGAUUUGACCAAACUUCGUAUGUUUUGCUCUGUAUUUCUCUGUAAUAAACCAUGUUAUUAAAGUAAUCUAAAUAUA